UCCCACCCACUUAAAGUCGGUUCGCGCUGCGUUCCUAAGAGAAUGCGACGACGAUUCAAGAGCUUCUCCGCUAACUAUAGCAAUUUGCAGUUCAAGACCACAAGGCCUUUGGCGAACAAAGAUCUUCGUUUCAUUUCACGCGCGACCGACAAGCUUGACAGAAAGCUCCUACGAGAAGCCAACAAAAUAAAUAUAAGACCACAAGACCGGUUGCCACGAAGUGAACCACCCUGGAAGCGACGCCGUCUGAAGAGGAAAGAACGAAAACACCUAAGAAAGCUAUCACUGUUAAAAGAACUGUACAACAAAAAUAUAUCACCCCGACAAUUGUACCAUCACGUUCUUAUUGAAGAACUUGAUUCCAAAUACAGGACACACCUUACUCCGCUUCUUGAAGACCUCAAAGUUUCUAGAUACAACCAUCCCGUUUCAUCACGCAAUAAAUCCAAGUGUUAUGAGAGACAUAUAAGCAAAAUGAAUUUCGACGGAAGAAACCCUGCGCCGCGAGCCAACACCGGCCGCGCCGCCGAAGAAGGGAAUGGUGCAGAAUUUCGCAUGACAGGCGCACUACAAUCUAGCACUGAAAACGGUGAUUCUGAUCUCAAUACCUUUUACAUGGCAGUUGGAUUGUCUGCGUUCGGACCUACUAUGUCCAACAUGAACCAGGACGAUGACUAUGACGGCGAUAACGAUGACAACAACAACAACAAUGCUUUUCUUAUGACGGGCGCAUUACCCCCCCUACCCUCUGUCUUUACGACCGAAGAUGACGCAUUCGUUACGACAAAUAGCACAUCUGCUGUAGCACCUAUCGAUGAUGCGACCCGUAACGAUGAAGAAUGUGUCAUGACAAGUGGGCUGUCGGCCCCAGAACCCAUCCCCAACCGCGCAGAUCAAAAUGACCCUGAUGGAUUUUUCAUGACGGGUGCGCUUAACUAUGGUGAUGAUGCCGACUUUUAUGACGAAGACGCUGACAACUGUAUGUCGGGCGGGAUCUCUGCUGAAGAUAUGUAUGAUAGUGAGGGCAAGCCGAAAGAGAUCAACGGAAACUCAGACCAAGAUGAUCAAUUCAAUGACACCUAGGAGGCAUUGUUGAAUUCAGCCAUACCUGAGGAGACCGGAAAUAACGCACAAUCCAACGAUACACAGGCGCAAAGCAACCAGGAGCGUCGCCAAUCAUUCAGCAGCUUGUCCGGUCAUUCAUCCGGCAGCAAGCGUAAGAGAAGCGAGAAUGAAGAGGAACAGCGAUCAGAAGCCGAUGUGGUA